CAUCAAUCUCUGGUGUUUUCACUUCACUGGUUCCUCUAUAGCUAUAGGCCUUAGCUGCCGUGUUCUUUUUCUCUGAAAAACUGUGUGCAGCACAGGGUCAUGUAUGUACAUUUCUCUGCUUUAUAGAAAAUAUACCCUCAGAGCAGAAUGCACUUUACGUCCUCCUUAAACCCACCUUGAAUGAGCUCCUCUUUUCCUUAUACAUCCCUUUCUUCUCUAACUUGUCAGUCUACAUCUCCCCAAAUAUUUCCCCUGUAAGCCUCACAAAGACUCCAUUUAUUUCCUCUGUCUUACUCUAUGUCUUUUCUCCACCUUCGACCUGGUCCGGUUAGACGAGGGUGUGGCGUAAAGUGUCGCUUUGCAAAGUAGAAUCAGUCUGCAAUUAACUGUGCAUUAGGUGUGAGAGUGCUCAGCCAGCAUGAAGAAAGUGUACAGUCUAGUGAACAUGACUAAAGCCAAGGACCAAGAGGCAGUGCAGUCCAUCUGCAUCAAGCAAAUACAGUUGACCGAGCAGAAGCAAGAAUUCAACAAACGCCACACCAAGACUCGCCGUCGCUCACUGUCUCGUUCCAUCUCACAGUCGUCAACAGAAAGCUUCAGUUCAGCAUACAGUGACAGCUCGGAGGAUGAAUCUUCACCCAAGGACAAACUCCAGAAGACGUCCAAGGGCCUGUCUGACUUUUGCAUCAAAAAUAUCAAAUAUGCCAGCCAUGGACGUAGAGAAAUAGAAAUUGCAGAGCAAGAAAUGCCAGCACUGAUGGUCCUGAGGAAAAGAGCAGGUGGGGAGAAGCCUCUAGCCGGAGCCAAAGUAGUGGGCUGUACACACAUCACUGCACAGACAGCGGUACUGAUCGAGACUCUGUGUGCGCUGGGGGCUCAGUGUCGCUGGGCGGCCUGUAACAUCUUCUCCACCCAGAACUCUGUGGCUGCUGCUCUCGCUGAAGCAGGUAUUUCAGUGUUUGCGUGGAGAGGAGAAUCAGAGGAGGAUUUCUGGUGGUGCAUCGACCGGUGUGUCAGUGCUCAGACCUGGCAACCUAACAUGAUUCUGGAUGAUGGGGGUGACCUGACCCACUGGAUCCAUAAGAAAUACUCAACCAUGUUCUUGAAGAUUAAAGGCAUUGUAGAAGAGAGUGUAACGGGUGUUUAUAGGUUAUACCAGCUGUCAAAGGCAGGCAGGUUGUGUGUUCCUGCUAUGAAUGUUAACGACUCUGUGACCAAGCAGAAGUUUGACAACCUUUACUGCUGCAAGGAGUCUAUUCUGGACGGGUUGAAGCGAACCACUGAUGUCAUGUUUGGUGGAAAACAGGUGGUGGUGUGUGGAUAUGGAGAGGUCGGUAAAGGUUGCUGCGCUGCUCUGAAAGCACUCGGUGCCAUUGUAUACGUCACUGAAGUGGAUCCCAUUUGUGCACUUCAGGCCUCCAUGGACGGCUUCAGAGUGAUCAAACUGAGUGAAAUCGUCCGACAGGUAGAUAUGGUCAUCACCUGCACAGGAAAUAAAAAUGUGGUUGUGAGGGAGCAUCUGGACAGAAUGAAGAAUGGCUGCAUCAUCUGCAACAUGGGACACUCCAACACUGAGAUCGAUUUGGCGGGUCUGCGGGCUGCUGAUCUGAAAUGGGAGCAUGUGAGGCCUCAGGUGGACCACAUUGUUUGGCCUGAUGGUAAAAGGAUUGUCCUGCUGGCUGAGGGCCGUCUGCUGAAUCUAAGCUGCUCCACAGUGCCCUCAUUUGUCCUCUCCAUCACUGCAACAACACAGGCACUUGCUCUGAUUGAACUCUACAACUCUCCAGAAGGACGAUACAAACAGGACGUCUAUCUGCUGCCUAAGAAGAUGGAUGAAUAUGUGGCCAGUCUUCACCUGUCAACGUUUGAAGCUCAUCUGACAGAACUGACUGACGAACAGGCCAAAUACCUGGGCAUCGGUAAACACGGACCCUUCAAACCAAACUACUACAGGUAUUGACUGUGCACAUAUAGCUGAGUCUCUUUACAGUCAGACAGAGCAACGACGCCCUCUACAGUCUGAAACUCACUAAGACCAAAGGACAUGGAGCUGGAACUGAUCAAGAAUGAUGACUUUAGAUAGUAUAACAGCACUGCAAUUUGUUAAAUUAUUGUCAACAGCUAAUCAUUUUUCAAUAGCUUUGGGCAACACUGAUAUUUUAUUGACUUUACCCUCUGAAUGUCAGCUGAUGAUCUGAUUUUUAAUUCCCUCAUCAUGUAUACACUCCUAAUUUCAAUGAAGAUUAAAUAUUAAAUGUGAUCUUAUCUGUAAAAUCAAAUGUACCUGAUAAUCAGUGUCGGGAGGGUCCUACUGAAAUGUAAAUGGGAAUGUAAUAGGUAACAAUUAUUUUAUUCACUUCAUCAAAAUUAUGUAACUUAUGACAUAAGAAUCUAUUAAACAUCAGUUUAAACAAACAUUGUUCAUUAAUGUACAAGAUCUUGUCUAACUUUUAGUUUAAGCUAUGCACCAGAAAUAAUAUACUGACAUACAAACUCUUAGGUUACGUUCAGACAGCAGGUCUUAAUGCACAAUUCAGAUUUUUGGGUGAAAUCCGAUUUUUUUGUGUGUUUGUUCAUAUUACACAUUAAAUACAACUUGUAUCAAUUUUGAGUAUGAACUGAAUAC